AGAGUCAGAGAGAAUCAUAGAUUACGAUUACCAAUGUUUAUAUGAAUAUAAUUACUAAUAUGUAUAAUCAAUUGAGCUAUUGUUUUCACUGUUUUAUUUUUACUGAUGGACAUAAGCUGUAUCAAAAUUGUUAUACUUAGUUUUGCGAGUGCCAUUUAGUGUUAUCGAUACUUGAGAGUGCUUGUGACAUCGUUCCAUCGUCGUUCAUAAUACGGAAAAAGUCAAACGUAAGUUGUAUACUCUGAAAUAGCUGACCUAGACAUACCUAAUGAUAAAAUGAGUGUGGUGACAAAGACAGACAUUGCAAUAUUUUCGGGGUACGACUUCUACAAUGUAUACAAAGACGCAGAGUUCCUGCACGUAGGUGCCAACAUAGAGUGGUUCCUCUCCCAGGGGUACAAGCUCAGACAGCUCAUGAAGACAGUGGAGCCUGGGAAGAGCAAAGUCUUGACUGGCUUAUGGCUCGCUAAGAACUCGCCAUUGAUUGUGAAGCGGACCGGGCAAAAGGUGCCAGUGGAAAACUUCGAAUUCACCCAAAACCGACUGACGGGACUAGUCGCCGGCUACGUCUUCGAAAACCGCCUCAAAUUCCCCAAAAUCGAGUCUGAAGAGGCCAAGCUUCUCGGCCUCAAAUGGGACAACGAGGACGUCGACACAUGCAAGUUGUAUCUCUCUGCUGUGACUGGAACUGAGCACUUUGACCACCUAUUUUCAUACUGGCCACUCGUAUGUGCCCUGAGGAAACUACAGCUGAAAAAAAUUGACGAGAACUCAGUUAUUAAGAUUGCUAAAAAGAAAAACAGACACGGGGACCGCAUGGCGUUUAUGUUGAAGACUAAUUAUGAAGAAGCUAUGCAGUUGUGGUUGAAAUUCCCGGGCGCGUCGCCUCUUGAGGCUUCAAUGGCUAUUAUAGCUUCUGAAAAACUGAAAGAAGUUUUCUCUUCUGAUUGAAGAAUAUGUGUGAAACAAUUGGCCAACAGUUUUACGUUUUGAUUACUGUACUAGCGUACUGUAUUUUUAUUUUUGACAUUAUUAAAACAUUGUAUUCAAUUACUAAGCAAUAUUAACAAUUUAAUAUUGAAGUUUUCUAAAAGUACAUGUUAAAUCUCUAAUUUUUUAAUAAAUAAAUAGAGAACAA